GUCACCGCAGCGAUGGAGAGAAAUCUGACACUGCCAGACACUCCCUUGGAAUAGCCAGGGGCUGAGCAGGAACCAGGAAAUACAAGCUCUCCCUGUCCAGAAAACACUUCUGCUUCAUGGAGGAAGAAGCGACAUGGGCAAUCGCUGCAGCUGCGGGCGACCAUGGAAGUGUCCUUCGCCUUUCAAAAGAAAGAAAGAAAAACAAGGAACUAAUGUGAGACAUGAGACUCAACAGCAUCAGCCUGGCAGGAAGGUUCCAACGUAUGAAGACGUCCCAGAGUUUCCUGUCUACGCCACCGUGAGUAAACCCAAGAGUGUGAAGCAGGAUGACAGCAUUCAUUACGCAGACAUCCAAGUGUUCACCAAGGUCCGGGAGCGCUCUGCAGCAGAGGUGAAGAACUUACAAAUGCAAAAUGCCACAGAAUAUGCCACCCUCAACUUCCCCCGGCCCAGGCUGAAAUAUGACAGUAAGAAUGGGACCCUGGUAUAAAAGGCUUGAGGGUCCCCUCCUCCUUUAGCAGCAAAAGGACUUCACCAACUUAGAGAUGCUGUAGAUGCAAGCUAACCUCAUGGACACAUUAAGCCUCCCUGAGGAAGUGCGGAGAGGCUGUGUUUUCCACCUGCACUUCUCUUUGGAGGACACAGACGUAUUUAUUCUCACAUGAUGAGCAGUUUCCUGUCUGAUUCUGCUGACAAAAAGCACCUCUUCCCCUUGGAAGAGUUGCCUCCGAAGCCGGCAACCCAUCUCAGCACCGUGAGAAGACAGAGCUGCUCCUUGCCUGAUGAAGGUUGAAACCACAGCCCCACUGAGAAAGUUCCUGCUGUGGCACAGGACCAGCUGAGUGCUGCUGUACGGAUGGACUUGGGAACAUGGCAUCCAGGAUUCAAUACUGGGACAAGGGAGAUGUGCCAUGUGCAGAAUGACGUGUGUGAUACUGUGAAGAAAUGGCAUGAAACCUUCAACAGUAUCCACUGCAAUGCCUUCCUCCAGCACCUGCCACUGUAACUGCAGUCAUGCACUAUGUGCAUCCCCUUUUCUCAAAGGGCACUGUUCCAUAACACUAAAACCAAACCCAGAAAUGCAGAAUUAACUGAAGGGUAUGGAACAAUUUCUUUCACUGACGGGCGGUACAGAUACGCAUUCUCACCCCAACAUGCACAGAAGUGAGCAGUGACCUCUUGGCUCUGCCUGGAGAUCGAACAAGGAAAAUUUGCAAUUUAACUGCGAAACAGCCAUUUAAAAGCCACUGCCUAUAUUUAGGGCAAUUAUCCAGUCUUUAGAGUACAGCAGCUGUCUGCAUACUUGAGAUACUGGGAAUCAAUCCUGGUUGACUUUAGAGAGGCCUUUGACUGCAUUUUUUCUUAUUUUGUACUGUCAGCCUUAGUUAUAAAACCCAGCAAUAGAAAGCACACACUGUGUGGUGUUUUCUGCUAACCCUCCCAGAUACACCUUUGAGAAUUUGUUCGUGGAUUUAAAAUAGUGUUAGUAAUGCAGUACAGCAAUUGUCCAAAGGGCUUCUGCCCCUGGGCUGAAUCUGGCAGUCGCAGCAUUGGCAGCUGAGCAGGGCUCCCAAGCAGUGUCUUCAGGCACUAAAUCAAUGCUUGGCACAUUCUCUCCCUGCAUAAUGAUCUGCACAGCUGAAUGCAGAUUGUGGGACAACCUGCUUAUUGCCAGUGUUUAAAAAUGGACAGCCUGGUACAUUUUCUAAACAUACACGUUUGCAUAUUAUGGCUCAGCUAAAUGUAAAAAGCAUGAGGGAGUUCCUGCUCAUUACAAAAAUAAAGCUGGUAUGGGCAGUGUUUGCUAAAAUUGAAGUGUUUUGAGGACCAAUCCUACAAUUUGUAUACCUUUUUGCCUGUGCUAUCCAGUAGACCUCAGCACAGCUAUUGUGAGGCCAGAGUAACAUUCACAGAAGAAGGCCAUUUUUUUAAAUAAUGGAUACAGUAUAUUUUCCAACCUGAAAAGGGUUUUUUUGCCCAUGCCAUCCAGCUGCCCUCAGUGGGGUUAUUGUGAGGUCUGCAGUAGAAGGCCCUUCAUUUGUAGUGGGUGUAACAUUAUGUUAUCUGAAGGGCUGGACCUUCUGAGUGCCAAGGAUUCCUCUUUCCGCUCCUCCAAGUUCCUUUCUGUACUCCAUGCCCAGCAUGAAAACCUGUCCUUGGGACUGAGGGGGAUUGAAUGGGCAGAGGAUUUAUUGACCGGAGUGAGUCAGGGAGGCAUGGGAGACUCCAGCACUCAGUCCUGCUGUCAGAGGGGCAGCCGGAGACAUGGUUCAUGCUGGAGAGCAGUUAUGUCCCUCCUUGCACUGAAUCACCGGUACAAGAACUAGAAAGGGACACUUCAGUUCUGGUCAAGCCCUCCGUGUUACAGGAAGACACUGGAUCUUUUAGAAACAUUAUUAAAUAUGGAUGAUAGUUCAGGAGGUUUUCUAGAAGGAGUGCAGACUCCAACAGGUCAUUUUUAAAAACAGUUUAAGUGGAAAAGCCUGUUAUUGCAGAGGCAUGCACAGUGCUACUGAAGUUUUUCCUCGGAAGUUUAUCCAUCAGGAGAGCUGGGGCCAUGGACAGAAAGCUGCACAAACACGAGGGUCAAGCUCCUGGGCCCAGAGCUGUGUAAAUUUGCACAUCCAUCGAGUUAAACCAGUUUUGCUGUGGACAUAAGUAGAACUGUGUUCAGCUCAGAGGAACUUGCUUUCACGUGGUCACAUCACUUGGUUCUGUUCAUCUGUGGAUGAGCCCUUUUGUAUUCUGAAAGCAUGGGAGCUACAACAGAAAACAUCUCCUAAUGAGUGUCUCGGAGUGGUAGUUUAUCUCCUAUUCCCUCAGGAGCUCCAGCUUCCAUACUUGGUACUUGGUGUUGUUUCUGGAAGUACAGUGUAUCUUAGAGAUAAUCAAAUAUUCUGCAUAGCAACAGGAAUAAAACAGUAAUUUUGCCUGUUCACCAGGCCUUUAAUACAUAAAAUGUGAAAGCCACAUGUUCUGCAACAGGAUUUUUCUGAAGAACUUGGUUUUGCACUGAAUAUUAAAAGCUUCUAACCGCGUAUCUCGUGUGUUUCCCGAGGUUGUUACGUUUAGGUGUCAAAUGAGUGUUAAUGUAUCAAAUGUUUCUUGAACAUUAAAGAUGUAAUUUUUUAGGUUUAAUUAACAAA